AUGCCGUCCCCGGACCAGCCGCCGAGGCGCCCUGCAGGCCUGCGGCGCAACCAGUCGUCGCAGUCGCAAGUCUCCCAAUCCCCGUCCGACGGCCAGCACCACGUCCAGCAGCACCCCAAGCAGCAGCACAAAGCCCAGCGCCAUGUCGUUGGCCACGGCCGCAUGGGCCCGCGCAACCCCUCCUAUGGCAAGAAUCUGAACAAGGCCGGUGCCCAGCGCCCGACUACGGGCGAUGGCAGCACGAGACAUCACCAGCGCACCCUGUCGGGUAGCUCCACCCCGGCUCCAGCAGAGGCGCAGGCCGUCCGCCCAGGCUUAAAGCGCAAUGCCUCUGCCGCCGUCGUCCCGCGCAACACGUCGCACGCCGUGCUGAAGAAGAACCACUCCAGCGGCCACCUGCCGCGCGCCAUGUCCACCAAGAGCAUGCAAAAGCACCGCAACAGCAGCGACCUCGAGACAUUGAAGCGCGCCCAGAAGCAACAGCGCAGCCGCCAGGUCUCGCCCGAGCCCGACCACCCCGCCGUGCGCUUCGACCUGGGCGACGACGACGGCGACGAGGACAAUGAAUGGACUGAGGAAAGUGCCUCGCAGUCGCCUGCCACUACUCGAUCCAAUACCCGCCAGAACUCGGUCAUCCUCGAGCCGCACAAGCACGUCUUCACCAAGAAGCAGCACGACCAACACCAGAGCCAAAGCGACAACGAAACCUCCGAGUCGACCGAGACCGACGCCCCCAAACGCCGCGUGCAGUCGCAGCCGCAGUCGCGCUCAACCUCGCAGCCGGCUUCGCCCAGCAGCCGUCGGGACGCGGACCGGGUGACUUAUAGCAGCAACCAGAUCAACGGAGCGAGCUCAUACCACCAGCCCAACCUCCCCGAUGCCGACAUGAUAACCUCGCGCAUCCUCCAGCGCAGUGCCACGCACAGCUUGCGGCCCCAGGUCUCGGACGUUUCCGCCACCGUCGUCUCCGACUCGCACGACGCGCGCUCACUCAGCCAUUCCACCGGCUCUACAAUGAUAGACACACCAGGCGGCAACAAGGAAGCUGUAUCACGCUUCAUUGACGGCGACGGCUCGUCCGGCACCCCUCGGGAUAGCAGCAUCCUGCCGCACCACCCCAAGGGCUCCGGCGGUGAGCUCACGCCAGGCAAGCGCAACAAGUCCGCCCCCAACAUGACCGACCGAGAAACGUCGUCCACGCACCGCCGCCACGUAUCGUCUUCCGGCACCGCUACGCCGACCGACCUGCACCCGUCCCGGACCCAGCAAAAGCUCUGGCUUCAGCGCGCCAGCUCCAACAUCGAGCCCCAACAAAAAGAAUACCUGCCGCGCAACGGCCAUUCGGCCUCGCAGCUGUACCCGGCGGGCGUGACGUACACGCCAUCGGGCGAGGUCGUCGUCGACCGAGAAUUGCUCCGCCGCUUCGACGAGGCCGCUUCCGAAUACAAGGUCGUGCGCCGGUUCCGAAACCCCGUUGCCGACGCCAUCGCCCGCCUCGCCGACACCCCGACGAGCCUGCGCAAGAACCGCAAUGCCGUGUCGGUCAAGUCCGGCAAUGCUGCACAACAGCGGCCGAGCACGAACGCCGGGCCUGGACCGGACACGGGCGUCGGCGGCCUGGUCCGCCAGCACAGCCUCCGGGCGUCGAGCGCCGGCGAGGGCAUGGACCGCGAGCGCGGCACCCCGACGAGCGUCACGGAAGCGGUGGCGGCGGCGCGGAGGGCGCGCGUCAGCUUCGACCUGCCUGGCCGCGGUGACGAUUCGCCGCAGGACCGCGCCGCGGCAGAGAAGGACGAGAUCGAGGAAAUAUGUCGAAGGAUUUGGGAACGGAACGAGCUGCCAGAGGGAGAGUGA